AUGUCUCGCAUUCCGAUCAUCUACUGCGGAGCUCAUCCGGACCUGUGCAACCGCAUUGCCGAGUUGAUUGCAGACAAGUAUGAGGUGGUCCACAUCGCCAACACCCGGGCUACUGCUGUAGCUGAGCUGCCUGCCCUGCUGAAGGGAGAAAAUGUGAAGCCAGCUUCUGGCUUGGGCAGUCAGAGUGGAGCCUUGCCUGUCGCAGCUGUCGUUGGGGGGGCUUUUACCAACGAAGACCUUGAGGCUGCGAAGGCGGCAUGUGACCCGGUGAAGCAGAUUCCCUGGUUCAAAAAGGUCCCUGCUGGACCUGGUGCUCCUCUGGCGGAGGUUCUGGCCAAGGGAAUCUCAGAAAAGUUGAGUGAGGAGUUUAAGAGCGGUCUGCCAGCACCUGGGGUUUACUGGUGGUGA